UUAUGGUGGGAUAUCUCCGAGCACAGGAUUCACCGUUGUUAAAUGCGGAAAACACAAGAAAAUUACACCUUUUGGACAACUUUCAAAGUUAAAUCGGAGUGGUUGAAAUCAUCUUUAAAUCGCAUGUGCAGUGGUUUGGCUGGAUUUACUUACAAUAUGCAGAGAAGGUGAUUGAAGAGCAAAAUAGCCUUAGGAACCAGGAGAGAUAACUCAAUAUGCAGCAGCCCUGUCAACAGAGGGAGCCACCUCCAUACCCAGGUCACUCUAAGCAACUGUACCAGCCAGGCACAAGGAAGAGUUUUUCUGGCAGUGAAACGAGUACGGAUGUGUCACUCUCCUCGUCAGAGAACCUCUCCACAUCUCAGCGGCAGGAACCCCAAGGCCAGGAGAAUACUCAGGAAAAUGUUUUCAGCCCUAAUCUUGACCUUCACGACCCUGACACGGGUUACAGUAUCUUGGCACGCCUCGGCAUGCCCCAAAGCUUCGUGGGCAAAACGGGCCAGGAAUACAUACAGGCACCGGUCACCACUUGUGCUGACCCACAUCAGCAAUGGACUCACGCAGUGUCCCUCCCCCACGUCACAGCCCCACACGAACUGAGCCGUCCACUGGCAAUGUACCAGACUGGUCCCAAUCCAGCCGCUUACUCACAUCAGUUAUGGACGCAAAAUACAGAACAGCUUCACAUGGGUGUGAAUGCCCCAGGAGUGACAUACUAUACCCAUUUACCCCCACCCCCUGAGUACCCAGGGAUGCCAGUACAUCGCUCCAUGGGGAAUCCCUCUAUGGAUGCCAAAGACAUAUCAAGGUCAUAUGAACUAAUUGACAAAUCUGACCUUCAGACCUCAAGGUCACAGCCUGAACUUGCUUGCUACAUAGCGCUACAGACUACACGACCUGAGCACCCAUAUUAUUCGUCAGGAGAUUUAAAAGUUGGUGCUUCACAGGAGCUAAGCAAACUAUCUGGUAAGCUUGAAGACUGGGAUCACUCUGCUAUUGCCACACGGGCAUCUCAGAUGGUGGAGAUGCUAUCAGAGGACAAUCAGCAUCUGAGGGAAGAGCUGAACCAGUAUGAACACAAAGUCUCUAAGCUACAAAAGUUUGAACUUGAAAUUCAGAGAGUACAUGAGUCAUAUGAAUCUUUAGUGAAAUCCUCACAGAAAAGAGAGCGACUCGAGGGUGCCCUGAAAAUGCGGAUGGAGGAAGAAAUUAAAAAGCUAAAGUCUGAGAACAGGCAGCUGAGGGAACAACUGGAGAAGAUGGUUUCUCGUUCGACGAAUGAGAGAUUAAGUCCUAGUGGAAGUGAUAUGCAGCGCGACGUGGCUCAGAAAGAAGCUGAUCUUAUGCAAGCAUUAUCCCAUAAUAAAGAGUUGAAUUCCAGCAAUGAAUGUUUGGACAAGGAGCUGAGGUCACAUCAGUCCAUGUUACAACAACAACAGUCUCACAUUGUCAUGCUGGACACCGCACUCUCAGAAGCACAGUUGAACGUGGGACGGCUGGAAGAGGAGUGUCAGAAAAAGCAGAUGUACAUGGAGAGAGUAGACCAGUUACAGAAAGCUCUGGUUGCUCUACAGUCCACGUGUGAAAAACGAGAGUUGCUACAACAACAACUUCAGGAUAAACUGGAGAAAGAGCUAGAUGUCUUUAGGUCAAUGGAGUCUGGGAUGACUGGUAUAUUGUCAGCCGAACAUGAGACAGAUUUGGGGGCUUUACGAAGGAUUUGCCACCAGAAAGAUGCCAAACUUUUACAGUUGGAAGGAGAGUUAAUAAAGUGGGAACAGAGAUUCUUGGAGGAAAGUGCAAAGAAGUUGUCAUUAGAAGGAGAAACAAAGGAUGCAAGGCUUGUUGCCUUGAGUCAUAGCUCAAAGGAAACAGAGAAACUCAUCGCAGAAGCCAAAGCUGAUAAACUGAAAAACAUGGAGGAGCUCUACCAGGCCAACAGGAAAGUUACUGAGUUAGAGGCCAGAGUGAAAUCACUGGAGACACAGCUCUCGGAGAAAGAGGCAAUGAUCAAGGUGCUCCAGCGUUCAUCUAUGACACGUAGCAGUAGCGUUCACAGUAUCUACUGUUCACCGCUACACUCACCGCGACCGUCGGUUGUCUCGCACAGGGCCGGCCCACUCAGUCGGGAAAGCAGUGAUGGGAGCUCACCCUCUGAACAUGGCUUCUUCAAAGAAUAUGGAACAAUUAAACAUGUCAAAACAAGCAGUGCUACUUCGGUUGACAUCCAUAGGCUGGCUGAUAAAGAGGAGAGGGGUCAAGUUCAUCGUUCAUCUGAUAGCGAUUCAAAGGUGGAGCAGAUGCUGUGGCAUGUAUGAAAGUAAUUACUGGCACAGAUUAUUGUGUACUGACCAGAUAUGGAGUGUGUACCUGUGUGGAAACCAGAAAGUUUGGUAUCUGAGCCCUUUCUUCACAAAGACAGUUGUCAGAGGCAAUAUUGAUAUGGGCCUGUGUUAUGCGCCCGUGUUAUGCGUCCGUGUGAGGGCAGGAAUAUUUGAAAAUGUAUACUGAGCACUGUCAUCAAAAUUGCUGCUGGCAGAGGCGAUAUUGGUAUGGCUGAAUGUGGAAUGCGUGCCUGUUUACCUGCCUGUGUGGAAACCAGGACUAUUGGGAAAUGAGAACUGACCAAGUGACCUCUCUCAUAUCACAAUAACAGAUGGUAGAGAUUUUGACAUGGUGGUGUGGAAGGUGAACGCAGAAGUGACAGUUUGUUGGAUAAUGGUGAACCAAUCACGUUGUUCUUUUCUCAGGUCACAUAAACUCUAUUGCUCCAAGAAGAUGUGCUGAUAUAUCUUUGUUUGAACAAAAAAAAAAACUGUGUGAAUCUUGUCUGAUUGCUCAUACAAUGUAUUUUCAGCAAUCCAGUACUUAUUUAAAAGAUGCAGUUUCAUGCAUCCUAUAAUUUCUUGGAAUAUGUCAAUUAUAUACAGUACAUGUAUGUAUGAUUAUCAUAUUCAACAUAUGAAAUGGUGCACUUUCUACUUAAAAAUUUAAAUCAUUAAAACAACGUUAAACACGUGUCCAGUAAAUAAAUAAAUUGUUAAUGCCAGUAAACAAUGAUAAGAUUUAGUACAUGAGGUGAGCUAAAACAUUUCUCCCUAUGGUUACACUCACUACUUCACUCGCCCAUGAAUAAUGAGGUCGUGAGUUCAAAUCCAGCUAUUGCAGAUUCUGCAUAUCUUUUAAGUGAGGUGGUUUGUACCUGGAGAAGAGAAGUGGUUUUACUGCCAAAUAAGAUACAUCUAAGAAUACAUUUACAUGUAUUUGUAAUCAUUGAUAACUAAUUAUAGUAAUUAAGUUCAACAAGAAAUGGCAUUUUUUACCUUACGUUUUUGUCAUCUGUAUUUGAAAUGUUAUGUGGUCAGUUUAAGAAAGGUUAGUAGUCACCAUUUUAAGAAAGAAACCAAGACAUGCAUAAGUUUUGUCUUACAUUGGCUUUGUUGGAAACUGUUUUCUGACCUGUUAUUUAUUUAUUUAUUUAUCAUGUUAUUUAUUGGUUGUGUACUAUGAACUUUUUUUUUAAGAGUUGAAUCAUUAUGUUUUUGUUUCCAUGUUAUUGUUUUUUAUUAACCCAGGGACUUUUGAAACAAGAGUUCAGAUGAGAAAUAGUAAGCAUGGAAGAUAUGUUUUGAGUGUGGUGCAAGUAGAAAUAGUUGAAAUAUCUGUUAUUUGAAAAUUUGGAGAACGGAAAAUUUGUAUGUAUAGAUACAAGUCUGAUGCAUUUAUUCCUCCAAGCAUAAUUUUUUUUAUUGUUCAUGAUACUUCUACCUAAUGUGUAAUAAGUUCGUGUGAAAUGUUAGCCCGGUGACAUAAAUCAUAUCAAAAAUAACUACUAAGGAAGUAGUCAUGUGUUACACUAACAUGUUAAUUCUUGCACCGUGGAGAUCUUAGCCAAAUAUCACAAGCCGAAAAAAAAUGUUCCACCUGUGUGAGCACUUCAUGUGAAUGCACUGAUAAUUACAUAUGAGUCAGAUUUAUUCAUUCAGAGAGAGAAAAGAAAGUUCAGAUCACUGUUGAUUACGGCCCUUAAUCCCUGAACAGGUGAUGUAUGGUAGUUUACACUACAGUUUGAAGGUACACGUUGUUUAAAUUGUUUUGAAGACUUUUGUUUAAAUCAGUGUCAAUUUCUGCUUCUUACAAUUUCUCUUUUCGGGUAAGAAAGAAGAAGAUUCGUCCUGACCAUAAAACCGUCCCCACAAGCAAAACAUAGAUAGAUAUGUGAUAUUUUAGAGAAAACACAGCACAUGUAAAGGUUUGGUACGCCAGGCAUAGGACAUGUUCAUAUAAUGGUUUGGUUUGCCAGACAUGUACAUGUAAUGGCUUGGUUUGCCAGACAUAGGACAUAUACAUGCAAUGGUUUGGUUUGCCAGACAUAGGACAUAUACAUGCAAUGGUUUGGUUUACCAGACAUAGGCCAUGUACAUGUAAUGGCUUGGUUUGCCAGACAUAGGACAUGUAAUGGUUUGGUUUGCCAGACAUAGGACAUGUACAUGUAAUGGUUUGCUUUUCCA